CAUGUCUGUCCGUCCCCCCCCAGAGUCAAGGCAAAGCUGGAGGAGCAGAAUUCUAAGAGGGUCCAGGCCUUCAUGGCUGGAGCUCCAGCAGCUGUUAAGAUGAUCCUGGGAAACCUCGAUAAAUACCAGUUUUUCACCGGUGAGUCCAUGAACUGUGACGGCGCCAUCGGCCUGCUAGACUACCGCGAGGACGGCGUCACACCGUUCUUCGUUUUCUUCAAAGACGGCAUCGAGAUCGAGAAAUACAAACCAUCUGGAACCGUCAACAGGAAGUGCCUGGAUCGGAGGAGCGUGUCUGCUUGUUUACCAUAGCUACAACCGCCCCUGAUCAUGGAACAGA